GCCCCUCGACUACAAGUCCCAUCCGCCCCGCGCUCGCGCACAUUACGCCACGGGAAGAUGGCCGACACGGCGGCCGGAGCCAGUGGCUCCGGAACGAGAUCAGGAAGUAAACAGUCCACCAACCCUGCAGAUAACUACCAUCUGGCACGGAGAAGAACCUUGCAAGUGGUUGUGAGCUCCUUGCUGACAGAGGCUGGGUUUGAGAGUGCAGAGAAAGCAUCUGUGGAAACACUGACAGAGAUGCUGCAGAGCUACAUCUCAGAAAUCGGGAGGAGUGCCAAGUCUUACUGCGAGCACACUGCCAGGACUCAGCCCACACUGUCAGAUAUUGUGGUCACACUGGUUGAGAUGGGCUUCAAUGUGGACACCCUCCCUGCUUACGCAAAGCGGUCUCAGAGGAUGGUCAUCACUGCCCCUCCAGUAACCAAUCAGCCAGUGACUCCCAAAGCCCUCACCGCAGGACAGAACCGGCCCCACCCGCCACACAUCCCAAGCCACUUUCCUGAGUUUCCUGACCCCCAUACCUACAUUAAAACUCCGACCUACCGAGAGCCUGUGUCGGACUACCAGGUCCUACGGGAGAAGGCGGCAUCUCAGAGGCGAGAUGUGGAGCGGGCACUCACCCGCUUCAUGGCCAAGACGGGGGAGACCCAGAGCCUUUUCAGGGAUGACGUCAGCACCUUCCCAUUGAUCGCGGCCAGGCCUUUCACCAUCCCCUACCUGACCGCCCUCCUCCCCUCCGAGCUGGAGAUGCAGCAGAUGGAAGAGACCGACUCCUCCGAGCAGGAUGAGCAGACAGACACAGAGAAUCUGGCUCUUCACGUCAACACGGACGAUUCUGGAGCUGAGAAGGAGAACACUUCUGUCCUGCAGCAGAACCCCUCCUUGGCAGGAGGCCGGAACGGGGAGGAGAGCAUCAUUGAUAACCCCUAUCUGCGGCCCGUGAAGAAGCCCAAGAUCCGCAGGAAGAAGUCCCUCUCGUGAGCAGCAAAAGAAGCUGGCCUGGGAGGGCUGCAGACUCCACCCUCCUGCGAGAGGAAAAGCCACCGGAGGGAAGAGGAGAGGGGACCUCCGUGUGGUCAAGCUGAGGCUGCAGGGUGUGGUCCAGCAUGAUUUUAUAGCAAAGCUUCUGUUCACAUGACCUGUUUUGGAAGUGGAGCUGUGGCUCAAGUGAUAGAGCACCAACAUUGAGUGAAAAAGCUAAGGGACAACACCCGGGC